GGGCGGUGGAAAGCGGUCCAAGUCGGCGCAGCCCCCGGGCAUCCUGCGGCAGUCGCUGUGGCGCUCGGCUGAGGGAGCGCACGGAAGGUCCCUCCCCCUCGCCAUGGCCGCAGCUCCUGCCUCCUUUGCCCCGGCCACUGCGUCUCAGCCCCGAGCCUGAUCCACGCGGGCACCCACGAGCACCCGGAGAAUCCCGCCGGAGCUGCAAAGCGGCUGCGAGAAGACCGGAAGAGACCCUCCCCCGGCCCUGAACUUGACCGGGGGCAGAGGAAUCACAGGACGUGCAGAGGUUUGCCAUGAUAUGGUAAAGCUAAAGACAAAAGCCAAAUCAAUUUUCGAAGUUACUUUCUUUUGAGAGAAGAACAUUACCUGCCUUAUUCGGUAUGGCUAAGAGUGCCGAAGUUAAGUUGGCAGUGUUUGGCCGAGCAGGUGUGGGGAAAUCAGCUCUGGUAGUAAGAUUUCUGACCAAACGGUUCAUCUGGGAAUAUGACCCAACCCUCGAAUCAACUUAUCGGCAUCAAGCAACAAUUGACGAUGAAGUUCUUUCCGUGGACAUACUAGACACAGCUGGUCAGGAGGAUGCUAUUCAGAGGGAAGGACACGUGAGAUGGGGAGAAGGUUUUGUGCUGGUCUAUGACAUUACUGACCGGGGAAGCUUUGAGGAUGUGCUCCCACUUAAGAACUUACUGGAUGAGAUCAAAAAGCCUAAGAAUGUGACUCUGAUCUUAGUGGGAAACAAAGCUGACCUAGACCAUUCUAGGCAAGUCAGUACCGAAGAGGGAGAGAAGCUGGCUACUGAUCUGGCCUGUGCAUUUUACGAGUGUUCUGCUUGCACUGGAGAAGGGAAUAUCACAGAGGUUUUCUAUGAGCUGUGCCGGGAGGUCCGGCGUCGGAAGAUGGUCCAGGGCAACAGGAGGCGAAGCUCUACCACACAUGUCAAGCAGGCAAUUAACAAGAUGCUCACCAAAAUCAGCAGUUAAAGGGCUAUGUUUCCUGGGGAAUCCAUGCUACAACAGGGUUGGCUAUUUGAAAAUGCAAACCAAAUGGCCAAAUGGUUGUUUCUCUCUCUCUCUCUC